AUGUCUACGCGCCAUGUAAUGGAGAAUACUUUUAUUACGGACAGUGAUGGUCGCGAGUACUUACUGCGUGCUGGGUCUAUCGUUGUGAUGCCUGCUACCGCUCAUAUGGAGGGAGACGUGUGGGGAAUCAACAAGAUUGACUUUGACCCCGAACGCUUCCUCGAUUGGGAGGACCACAAGGCUAGCCGGGAUCGAAGGUUGAUCUACAUGCCGUUUGGCGGUGGGAGGCAUCUUUGCCCUGGGCGAAACCUUGCUAAAGCGGAGAUUCUGGGCUUCAUAGUGAUGCUCAUACUUUCUUUCGAUAUGGAAGAUGGCGCAAACCUAGAGCAGCCGAUACGCGUUCCCACAUUGGAACCAGCGCGACUUGGCCAAGGAGUCGGGAAGCCUGUUUACCUCAGGACUGGAGAUAAGUUUCCUGUGCGACUGAGGACAAGGAAGGGGUUGGAGAGCGUCAACUGGCGGUUUCUGGCAUAG